CGCCUACCACUACCAGAAUCAAAGCUCCGCUCGCGAGCUGGAUGCUGACAGGCGCGCGCUGCGGUCAUCAUGCAAAGGUUACAUCGUAUCCGUUUCAGCCGCCAGUCUCCGCUGCAGCCGCUCCUCCGCGAGACCCGCGCGGCUCGCGACGUGCGACCCGGCGCGUGAAGCCACGCAAACAAACAAACAAACAAAGAAACGACAACGGCUCGGACUCUCAAGCGGCGCGGAUCGACCCCGCGGGGCAGGUGUCACACGAUGAAGGCUCGUCCGGGACUUCCGCGGUGGGCGGUGAGGGUUAGCGCGCUGGCUCCUCUCGGCGGUAAAGUGGCUUCAUGAGUGUCCAAAGUAACAGUGGAAGUGGUGGAAGUUUGGAGGCGACGCCAUCUUGGUCGCAGCGCUCCUCGUCCCCAACGACUCCUCAACAACACAUAACGGCGACCGCGAAGAGCAAGGAAGGCCCCAUGGAGGAGCUGCACAGCCUGGACCCCCGGAGGCAGGAGCUGCUGGAAGCCCGGUUCACCGGCGCCGUCAGCGGCAACACGGCAGGCAGCACCGGGAGCACCAGCGGCGGCGCUAAGGGUCUGGCCAACGAGUCCUCUAAUCACAGCUACGGCAGCCUGGGCUCGUCGAGUGACAAAGAGUCGGAGAGCUCUGAUCUGAAGAGAGGGAGCUCCCCUGCCUACUCAACCCCAGAGAAGAAGCAUUCUGAGUCGUCCAGAGGGAGGAAGAGGAAAGCUGACACCUAUUCAGAGAGUAGUCAAGGAAAAACUUCGACACGUGGACCGAAGAUAAGCGACUACUUCGAUUUCCAGGGUGGGAACGGUUCCAGUCCCGUCCGAGGCCUCCCGACGGCCCGCCGAUCUCCGCAGAACUCUCACUCCGGCCCCGGCUCAAUUAUCCGGCAGAACAGCUCCUCUCCCACCAGUCUGUUAUUCGGGGAUCCCAACCCCAAAGCCUCCUCCAGCAAAUGUGUCCAGACGGAACUGACGGGCCUGAAACUCGCCGCCCUGGAGAGCAAUAAGAGUCUGGACCUGGAGAAGAAAGAAGGACGCAUUGAUGACCUGCUCAGGGCAAACUGUGACCUGCGGAGGCAAAUCGACGAGCAGCAGAAGCUCCUGGAGAAAUACAAGGAGAGACUCAACAAGUGCAUCACCAUGAGCAAGAAGCUGCUCAUAGAGAAGAGCACACAGGAGAAGCAGUCCUGCCGUGAAAAGAGCAUGCAGGACCGCCUCCGCCUCGGCCACUUCACCACCGUCCGCCACGGAGCGUCCUACACCGAGCAGUGGACUGACGGAUACGCAUUCCAGAACCUGAUCAAGCAGCAGGAAGGCAUCAACCAGCAGAGAGAGGACAUCGAGCGCCAGAGGAAGCUGCUGGCCAAGAGGAAGCCUCCCAACCCCGCCUCCCCCUCGCUGUCAGUGGCCUCCACCUCCGAACCCAAGCAGCGCAAAACCAAGGUGGUCAACGGAAACGACUCGGACCCCUUCCUCAAGCCGUCUCUGCCCCAGCUGCUGACCCUCGCCGAGUAUCACGAGCAGGAGGAGAUCUUCAAGCUUCGCCUUGGACACCUGAAAAAGGAGGAGGCGGAGAUCCAAGCCGAGCUGGAGCGGCUGGAGCGGGUGAGGAACCUUCACAUCAGAGAGCUGAAGAGGAUCAACAACGAGGACAGCUCCGCGUUUAAAGACCACCCCACUCUGAACGAGCGCUACCUCCUGCUGCACCUGCUGGGCAGAGGCGGCUUCAGUGAAGUGUACAAGGCUUUCGACCUGUUUGAGCAGCGCUAUGCAGCUGUUAAAAUCCACCAGCUCAACAAGAACUGGAGAGAGGAGAAAAAAGAAAACUACCACAAGCACGCCUGCAGGGAGUACCGGAUACACAAGCAGCUGGACCAUCCCAGAAUAGUCAAACUCUACGACUACUUUUCUCUGGAUACUGACACGUUCUGUACGGUGCUGGAGUUUUGUGAAGGAAAUGACCUGGACUUCUACCUGAAGCAAAACAAGCUGAUGUCGGAGAAGGAGGCUCGCUCCAUCGUCAUGCAGAUCGUCAGCGCCCUGCGCUACCUCAACGAAAUCAAACCUCCCAUCAUUCAUUACGACCUCAAGCCCGGUAACAUCUUGCUGGUGGACGGCACCGCGUGCGGAGAAAUCAAAAUCACUGACUUCGGCCUGUCCAAGAUAAUGGACGACGAUAACUACGGCGUGGACGGGAUGGACCUCACGUCUCAGGGAGCGGGGACCUACUGGUACCUUCCUCCAGAGUGCUUCGUGGUGGGAAAGGAGCCUCCCAAGAUCUCCAACAAGGUGGACGUCUGGUCCGUGGGAGUCAUCUUUUUCCAGUGCCUCUACGGACGCAAGCCGUUUGGUCACAAUCAGUCGCAGCAGGACAUCCUCCAGGAAAACACCAUCCUCAAAGCCACAGAGGUCCAGUUCCCCGCAAAGCCGCAGGCCAGCACGGAGGCCAAGGCGUUCAUCCGGCGCUGUCUGGCCUACCGGAAGGAGGACAGGUUCGACGUUCACCAGCUGUGCUCGGACUCCUACCUCCUCCCUCACAUGAGGCGCUCCAACUCGUCCGGCUCGCUGCAGCCUUCGGCCUCGGCGCUGCCGGCCUACUGACCGGCGGACCGGCAGCCGGAGCACCGGGCCACAGGAGCAUGGACGCCCAUUCUUCUUUCUUUAGUUUGUCUCCCGAAGCGGUUGGAUGCGUUCGCAGCCGAACAGAAUAAAAGAGGGAGAAGCCUCGACUGGCUCGGCUCGGAGGAAGGAUGGGAAGGCAUGGGUGCAGAGAAAAGAAGCUUCCGGAUGUGCUUUUGGACUGAAUCACCCUGUUCGGAGACUUUACCGCAGCGCAGGACCCCCUGGACGGCCUGUCCAGGCCCGCCUCUCGUAGCCCCACCUUUAUCCACGUGAACAGGCUCGGCGGCGGACGAGGGCCGUCCUGACAGCGAGGUCUGUUGACGACCUGAAGUGAGACGGCAGCGAGCGGGGGUGCAGCGGCCUGAAUCCACCGCUGAAGCCUGGCCUUCCCCUCACUCCUGAUCUGCUCUCCUCCACUUUUUAAACCACUUGGUUUAAAACAAGAGAAACAAAAUCCAGAUGGAAUUUCUGGGGUUGGUUUGCACUUCUGAUCCAGAUCUCGUUCAGGCGGUCCCAGAUCCAGCAUGAAGAACCAGAGUGGACUCGUCCUCGCUCCGCCGCCGUCGCCUCGUCUCUCCAGAUCUUUCUUAGGUCUCAAAGCAAUUCAGGUCUCCAGAACGGGGAUCUUCAGUCUGUCUUAAUCCACUGUCAGUUUGGUUCAGGGUGCGGAGAAGAGGACUUUGACUAGUAGAAGCUUGAUCGGCUGUUACUGUAGUGCAGACGCCUCCUCCGCCGCAGGAUUCGUUCUAGUUUAUGUGCAGGAGACAUUACGACGUUAGCAAAUAUAUAAUGAGGCUUUUCCUGCUUCUGUCUCUGAUUCAUUUGUGUGAAAGCUGCUCCGUCUGCUGCUAUAAGUGUUGCUUUUAGUUUAUGAGCGAUUCUCCCCUCGCCUCUGAGCUUCUGUUUUCCUGACACCUGCUGUGCUGCUCCAGGAAAUGCAACUCAUCCUCCUUUCAGCCCUUCUGUCUUUUUUUUUUUUUUUUUUUAAAAAGCUUUAUUUGUUUGUGGAAAAAGUCUAACAGAUCUAAGGCCGGGCGGCGUCCCGUACCGGUCUGCCUGCCAGGAGUGGGUUCCUGCACCCAGACGUCAAAAUGCUAAAUCCUCAUGUUGUCAUCCUGUAAAUAAACCUCUUACCUGUA